UUUCCUCUCCUCUCCUUUCCUCUCCUCUCCUUUCUUUCCUCCUUUCAUUGUAUGCAGAUCAAGCCCAGUCAAAGCCCGCUGCUGUCACUUGCAGGUCCCUCCCGGCGAGCGAGGACUCUCAAAGGAAACUGCGAGUGAAGAAGUUCAAUGUUUGCUUCAGCUGAAGAGAAUAUUUCCCAAGUCCUGGUGGGAAAAGGUGAAAUAGAGGACCAGAGGAUGUUGCUAGUAGGUAUGGAGAUGACAGGAAGCCAUGACUAGAAGGGGGAUUGUCAACAGGAAACAAAGCAGCGGCGCUGAUGUGACACUGCUGUACAGUACAGCUGCUGUGCCCUGCUGCCUGCUGCACCCUGAGGCCUGGGGAGCACUGCCUGUGUCCAAGACAGAUUCUCCUGUCCCUUUGUCCGCUGGAGUUUGAAUCGUUCUGCACCUGGUUAAUCCACUCGGCUGGAGCUGGCAAACCCUAGGCUUGUUUUCUUGACACUCAGCUACUGUAAAGUCCUUGAGCAGCUAUGGGGAGAAAAACGUGUGUGUGAGCAGCCUUGCCAGGCUGGCAGCCCAGCCCUGCACGGAGCCCAGGCAGCUUUGAGGCGUCCUGGCUGCUCAGUGCUCUGCAGAUAUGAACGCUGAGCUCUGGGCCUGGCUGUUCUCACCAUGCUAGUACAUGGGAAGGACGACUUCCUCUCAGACAUAGCCUACAUCAUCCUGGAGCUGAUCAUCGCAGUGCUGGCCAUCCUGGGCAACAUCCUGGUCUGCUGGGCCGUCUAUCUCAACAGCAACCUGCAGAACGUCACCAACUACUUCGUGGUGUCCCUGGCUGCUGCUGACAUUGCCGUGGGUGUGCUGGCAAUCCCCUUUGCCAUCACCAUCAGCACUGGCUUCUGUGCCUUCUUCUAUGGCUGCCUUUUCAUUGCCUGCUUCGUGCUGGUCUUGACUCAGAGCUCCAUCUUCAGCCUCCUCGCUAUCGCCAUCGACAGAAUCAUUGCCAUCCGAAUUCCCCUCAGGUACAAUGGCUUGGUGACCGGCUCUCGAGCCAAGGGCAUCAUUGCCAUCUGCUGGGUGUUGUCCUUCAUCAUCGGCCUGACCCCCAUGCUGGGCUGGCACAAGCGUGCCCAGGACCAGGAGACGGAGUCCAACUGGUCCUCUCCCAUCAACUGCAGCAACAGCAUGGUGGCGUGUCUCUUCGAGGCCGUGGUCACCAUGGAGUACAUGGUCUACUACAACUUCUUUGCCUGUGUGCUCCUGCCCCUCCUUCUCAUGUUUGGUAUCUACUUGAAAAUCUUCAUGGCAGCCCGGCGCCAGCUUAAGCAGAUGGAGAACAAGAUGGUACACGGGGAACGCUCCCGCUCCACGCUGCAGAAGGAAGUCCAUGCAGCCAAGUCUUUAGCCAUCAUUGUUGGGCUCUUUGCAGUCUGCUGGCUUCCACUGCACAUUAUUAACUGCUUCACCCUCUUCUGCCCGAGCUGUGCCCACGCUCCCCUGUGGCUGAUGUAUCUGGCUAUUAUCCUGUCUCACGCCAACUCGGUGGUCAACCCCCUCAUUUACGCGUACCGCAUCAGGGAGUUCCGCUACACCUUCCGAAAGAUCAUCAGCCAGCACAUCCUGGGCCGGAAGGAGCCGUUCAAGGCGGGAGCAGCCAGCUCCAGGACUUCCACCCACGGCGGGGACGCCGAGAACGCCAGCAUACGGAUCAGCGAGUACGCGCUGGAGGUGUACGCCAACGGAGAGAUCCACAGGGAUCCCGAAAAGCAGGACUUCAACAAAUGCAAAGCUGGCCUGGAAUGGCACCAGAAUGGAAAUGCUCUUGACUUGGAGACAAAUGGGCAUCUCCUGCAUUCCUGCAAAAAUGGGAUUCUCUCAGAUGCAUGCCUGAACAGGGAGCUUCAUAGUGAAGAGCUAAUUGAUGCCCAGGUGUCUUACUCAGAUCUGGAAAGAGCAGCCUUUGCUGCAGCUGAUGUUUCCUGAUGAGACUCUCAAAGUUUUCCUGGUAGAAUUAUUUUUUUUUUGCAUUGGUGACCUCUGCCAUGGCAGAAAGGGAGGUUGGGGGGCGGGGGGAGAGCAGUAUAUCCAGAUGGCUGUGGAGAAAGGGGUCCAUGUGCAGGACGUUGGAUGAUCCUAAAUACCAGACUGGAGAAAAGCCAAGAGACCACGGAAGUGGACUGAGGAAGGAGGGACACGUUACCAUCAAUGACCUGUCACCAAGAGCAGUGCCAGGGUCCAGGAUGGCAUUGCAGGCUCAGCACUGGGAGACUGCUGAUGCAGGGAUUUCGGGACACUGUCCUGCACUGUGCCUGUGGUUGAGUGUUGGUUUCACUGUCUUUACCAAUGGAAAUAGAAGCGUGGCUGGAAGUGUUCCCUGGAUAACAAAAAUCAGUUGGGAAGGGCCUCUUAGUACUGUGGUCCUGCAACAAGCAGAAGGGGGGAUAGCAAAAUCUAUAGGAAGGGUGCCAGGAGCUGCUUGGAGAGGGAAGGAAUUUAUCUGAUGGGAACUCUGGAUACUUUCAACCAUGGCACUUUGUCUUUCAGUUGGUGUUUUUAAAGCUUAUACUGCAACAGGUUGCUCAGAUGUUGUUUUUUUCCACGUGGUGAUAAGGUUACUUUACAUUAAGUUAUAAAAGAUGGGCAAGAACUCGUAUCUGUUCCCUGAGUGCUCAGUGUUCCACAUGGCACACAUAACCUCCCAGUGCUCACUUUGUCCAACAAAUCACCAAAGCUGAGCCUUGCCAAGGAUUUCCCUUGGCAGAAGGGCUGUUAGCAGGAUGUGGUGCUGUGGGCCAGGGCUGUGGCUGUGUUCUCAGGGCAAGGCUGUGAAGGGCUGUGGCUGUGGGAGCUCAUUGUAGGCUGCAGGCAUUUUCUGCUUUCCCCCUGUCUCUGUGCUUCUCCUCCUGAGCUCCUAGAAUGCAAAUUCUUUCCAUGGCCCCAGAUGUGUGUGAGGGGAGGUAAUAUUCCAUAUGUCAGUCAUCCUCAUCCUCACUCAACAGGCUGAGGAACUUUUUUCUUCUUUCUUGGGAUAGAGAGCAACCCACACACAUACCUUGACCUAAUUUUGGAAUUCCAAUGAGCUCUAUUAAGAGCCUUUUCUCCUGUGAUUUCAGUUUUUUCCUGCGAAGCCUGAUGUGUCCUGUGGUGCAGAGGCCAACAGAGCUGGUUAGAAGAUGCUCUUGCUCUGGGAAGCUGAAAGGUGUCAGUAGUAUUGGAACUCAGCUUAGAAACAACAGUUUCUACUUUCUGUUGAAGAGAACAGGCAAAUUUGUGCUGCAGCAAGUGUACACACUGCUGUGGUUUGUUGCAGAGGUGUUUCACUGCAGUUUGGUAAUUUUCUGUGUCACAGGAAGUCUGACACAUCAAGGACAGCCAAAAAUCACUUCAGCUUGAAUUCUACCUGAAGAUUGUCUGGGUUUUGUUUUUCAGACAAAUAAUCCAUGUCCAGCACUACCAGCCUUCUGGAGAGACAGGCAGUAGUGGUGCUACUGGGAAAUGCAAAGUCUGGUAAUUCCAGGGAUCUGAAGGUUAUUCCCUAGCUGAAAAUUUCAGAAAUAUCCUCCCCCAGUCUGGUUCCUCCUCGUAUCUGUCCACUAACAUUUCAGAAGCCAAGGGAAACUGGAUUUUCAAACUUGAGAAAGAAGAGGUUAGGUUUAUGUGUCCUUAUUCCAUGUUUAUUUUAUAUAUUGUGAACUAUUGAAAUGAAAAAUCAGUUUCAUUUUGAGGAGAGAAUGGGGUUUUUUUUGCCAGUUUCUCUACACACAUGUGGGGAGAAGUUUGUGAUGCUGAAUGUGUUUGAGUAUGUAGCUGCUCUGGUUUAGCACAAAGCUCACUGUGAGAUGGAUAAAAAG